AUGGAAACUUUUCGAAAGGUGUUAAAAGAUUGCAAUUUAGUGGAUGUAGGUUUUUCUGGGAACUGGUUCCUGUGGGAGAGGGGUAAUUUACUAGAAAAAAAUAUCCAAGAACGUUUAGAUAGGGGUGUGGCUACUGAUGAAUGGUUAUCUCUUUUUCCUGAAUCUCAAAUUCAGCAUCUUUCUCAUUCUUUUUCAGACCGUUGCCCACUGCUUAUUACUACAAAACGUAAAGAUAAGAGGCGAAUUGAUAGAAGUCUCAAAUUCGAAGCAUGGUGGGUUAUGGAAGAAUCAUUUAUUAAAAAGUUUAGAAAUAUUUGGGAAAAUUCCACAAGAGAUUUAUUGAGUAAGCUGAAAAGUGUUAAAAGAGGGUUGCAGAGAUGGGCUGAUGAAAUUCGAUAUAGUAGAAAAGAGAAGAAGGAGGUGUUAACUUUUAAGUUGAAAAAAUUGCUGGAAGAUGAGAGAAGUGAUGAAAAUUUAGCAGAACUCAUUGAUACAAAAAUUGAACUUAAUUUUGAGAUUGAAAAAGAUGAGCGUUACUGGGAACAAAGAACGCGAGUUAAUUGGCUGAAAUUAUGA